AUGAGAAUAGGCAACUUAGGAGGAAGUGAAGGGACAAGAGAAAGCAAAGUUGUGGACUGCCUUUUGCAUAGCUUUUGGCGUGUGAGGGAGAACGAAUAUUGCUACAAAGGACGGCCUCGCCUCAAAACCGCCUACCAACUUUUGUUGGUAUCAAUUCCUUUCAUUGUUCUUCACGGAGAAGAUGAUAAAGUGACAGACAAAAGCGUAAGCAAAAUGCUAUAUGAAGUGGCUUCAAGUUCAAACAAAACAGUCAAGCUUUACCCUAACAUGUGGCAUGCUUUAUUGUAUGGAGAAACUCUUGAAAAUGCAGAAAUCCUCUUUAGUGAUGUCAUUAAGUGGCUGGUGGAUAGAACCUCUGAAUCUAAUAGACGAUUAGAGAGUGAGUUAAAACAUAAGCAUGAUGAAUUGUUGAAGCAUGCAUAA